UUUCGAGAGGAGGGGGUGGGAAUGCUGAGUCACGGAUCUGUCACUGCUUCUCACCUCUCCCCAGCCCUCCGGGGGCUAAAGCAAAAGCGAAAGCGAAUGCGACUCGCGGGACAGCAAGUCCCGGGAGCUGCGCCCGCCACCUCCUCCGGGACUGUCGGGCAUCUGCCCGCGCGGCCGGCGGGGCGUCCGGGCCGCUGCGAGCCCAGGGCCCGGCUCGGGCCAUGGCCGGGUGGCGGCUGUCUGGCUGCAGGGUCAGCGCCCUCCCCGCGCUACUGUCGCUGCUGCAGCUGCUGCUGACUCUCGGGCCGGCGACGCCGGGCAUCACGUGCCCUCCUCCCACGUCGGUCGAACAUGCGGACAUCCAGGUCAAGAGUUACAAGGUGAGCUCCAGGGAGCGGUACACCUGUAACUCUGGCUUCAAGCGUAAAGCCGGGACAUCCAGCCUGACCGAAUGCGUGUUCAACAAGACCAUGAACGUGGCCCACUGGACAAUUCCCAAUCUCAAGUGCAUCAGAGACCCCUCCCUGACUCACCUAAGGCCAUCCUCCACAGAAGCGCCAGCAGGGGUGACCCCAGAGCCAGAGAGCACCUCCCUUUCUGGAAAAGAACCAGCUUUCACUUCCACGUCAGACACCACAGUGGCCACCAAGCCCGAUAUUGUGCUAGACUCCAGGCCGAUGCCAUCAGAGCCUCCUGCUACAGGAACCACAGGGCCGAUCAGUCAGGAACCCUCCCAAGCCCCACCUCAGACAACAGCAAAGGCCUUGGAACGCACUCCCUCCGCCUCACAGGAGAUGCCAGGUACAUAUUCAUACAAUUCUGGAGCUGUGACUGUUUGCCUGGAUAUAAUGGAGGAAGAGGCCAAGGCGGCCAUCGCCACACCUGUCACUGUGCUCGGUGUAGUAUGCGUGGUGCUUCUUCUGGUCUGUUACCGAAAAUCCAGACACUAGAGAUGCUGAAACUGAAGACCUGGGCCUUAUCCUUGAGGUGCUUACAGCCUGGCCAAAAAAAAGACCCAUCGAAACAAAGCAAAACAAAGAGCUCACACCACAAGUUUAGUCGAUACAAAUGCCACAGGGGUCAUGAACACAAUAAUGCUGCAGAUGUUUGGGAAAGGAAGAAAUCACUAAAAGGCCUAGAUGUUUGGGGAGUCUGUUUCGAAGUGAUGGGACUUACGAUGAAGGAUGGGCAAGAUCGAAGUAAACAGAAACAGGCAGGGAGGGUUCUACAAGGGGCAAGGACAGAGGCAGGGACACAGACAAGAGAGAGUAAGGCAGAUGGCAGGCUGUGAGCUGGGGUUCCAGCACGAUCGCUCAGUAACCACAUGUCCAACAAACCAAAAUAAAGGAGACUUCAAGAGCAAAGGUCUCGCAGGGACUGGAUCUAGGGUCUUCCCCGCUGCAUCCCUGGCUCUACCCAACAGCCCCUUUCUGGUAAAUAACCAUCACCACGAACUGAGAUGGUUACUUUCCCAGGGCUGUUUCUUCAAUCCUCUGGACAAAGGACCAAAAGCACAAAGUACAAAAUGAGAUCCUUUUAUAUACUGGAGAAUUGGCUACUGGCGGCUACCUACCCCUCCCCUUCCUUCUCAAGUAAGUCCCAACAUUUAGGUAUUUCUUCUCUUCCACGCAGCCAUGCACAUCAGAGGAAGUGGACAGCCACAAACUCCAGGAAAGGAAAUCCUGAUUAUUUGAAGCCAGGCCCUUGCCAGUGAUUGGUCUAGGACUGGGCAGGUGACCCAGUUGUGACCAUGGAGGUAUGACAUCGGCUUGGGACGCUUCUGGGAAAGGUGUCCUGGCUCCUAAGAGCCACAGAAGACAGGCUUCUCACUGCCACUGCUGCAUCUGGAUGCCCUGCCCAAAACUUCUGCAAAUAGCCUGUUGCAGGGAAGUCAGCCGGGGCAAAGGGCAGAGGCAAAAGAACCUGGCUUCUCCACAACAGUGCCAAGCGGCUUAUGUUGCCGCCCUACGGUCUGUCCUCCUCUGCACUCCUAGGUAAAAUCAUAACAUUUGUUGUUCAAUGCCCUUUAGAGUUUUUGUUUUGGGUUACGGCCCAAAAAGUGAUACAAAAUCCGAUACUGAAUUUGGUAAGAGAAAAUGGGGAUAUCCUACCAGACCCUAAAAUGGGGAACUGGCUGAGCAGAGGCAGCAGAACAGAGGGCAGGUAGUAAGGUCCCUACUACUCUAGGCCAGGAAGCCAGGGCCCAUCUGUUACGUAGUUGUAAAGCAACAGAUUAAAACACCCAGAUUAGGAAAACACACUAUGAGGAAAGUGAUGACUUAAAAAGAUCCAGAACCAUUGAAUU